AUGGCAGAACAAAUUCGAGUUGUUACUCUCAACUGCUGGGGCUUGAAAUAUGUCUCUAAAGACCGGCACGAACGAGUUACCGCAAUAGCUAAUGCACUCGCUCGCUCGGAUUACGACAUUAUUGCUCUCCAAGAAAUCUGGGUCGAGGCAGACUACAACGAAAUUCGGCAAAGCGUCGUCUCUCGCUUGCCCUACACGAAGCUUUUUCAUAGUGGUGCUCUUGGUGCCGGACUUGCUAUCCUUACAAAAUGGCCCAUCAUUGCUACCAGCAUGACACCAUACUCUCUUGUUGGCGAACCCACAGAUGUCUUCGGGGGAGACUGGUUCGUGGGAAAGGGUGUCGGGAGCGUAACGAUCAUGCAUCCUGUUCUUGGACAGGUCCAACUUUUUGUCACGCAUUUCUGCGCAAACGGCGGAGAAUCAGGUCCUGAGUACAAUAGGACCUAUCGCCUGGUAAAUUCUUGGGAGUUUGCUAAAGUUACACGGCAAGCCGCUGAACUGGGGCGGUAUGUUAUCGCCAUGGGUGAUUUUAAUAGCAUCCCAACAAGCCUCCCCAUGAAUGUCGUCCUGAACCACGCCGGACUGGUUGACUCGUGGGCGACUUCACAUGCACACAUACCCGCGCCCUCUGGGAUGUUAUCUCCCAUAGAGGGCGUCGUCAACUAUGGUGUCACGGCUGACUCACCUCUCAAUUCUUAUCGCGACUCAGAGCCCUCUGGUGACCCAAUUGUUCGCAAAUAUCAAGGGAAGCGCCUUGAUUAUAUCUUAUUCCGGCAUCCCAACCCCAACGGAUCCAACGACCACAUUCCCCGAUUAACCUGCCGAGAUAGUCAGGUUGUCUUCACCGAUUCCAUUCCCGGCAACUCAUGCUCCUAUUCUGAUCACUUUGGUGUCGAGGCGACCCUAGCCAUCGACACGCAGGCGGAGGUUAAACAAGAUGAUACGGCGUCAUUGAAGGAUACCUCGGCAAUGUGGUUCGACUCCCCCUCUGAACUCUCUAUGAAUACCAUAACCGAGGUGGUGAGCGCCUUCAACACAUCCUAUAGGAUGUCGCAAGAUCGUUCUCGCAAGGAAUUGACUAUCUUUGGAACGAGCAUCUUGACGUUGAUUGGUCUCAUCAUUGGAUCCGCAUGGGUUGUUGUUCCCUGGCUCAACCCAAUUUUUGUCCUUCUUGUCAUUUACUUAUCGUGGCAGGCUACGACCAAACUUUACGAAGGCUUCAUCUUUGGGAACUGGGAGAGGAAAGCUUUACAGAAUGUUAUAGAAGAGCUUGAGCUUUACAAGCAGAUCCUGGCAUCACAGACGCCACACGACUGGUAG